UGUUGACUUUCAGCCAUGAAGGAGGAAGAUACGCAGGAGGACCUGCUGCUUCUUUAUGCUAAAGAAGGCAGUAGUCCUCACAUUGAAAAGUUGCUUCAGUCCAGGAUGGAUGAAAGCAGUUCUCUCAAUAUCAACUGCAGAUCAAGGUCUAAAACCACUUCAGGCUGGACAUCUCUCCAUUUGGCCAGCAAUUUGGGACACAGGGAUGUUGUGGAGGCGUUACUGAAGGCAGGGGUCAGUGUCAAUUUGCAAGAUAACAUGGGUGACACCCCCUUACACAAGGCAGCAUCUACUGGAAGAAAGGAGAUUGUUCUGUUGCUGCUUCGGUACGAUGCCUGUGCAAGCAUAAUCAAUGGAACAGCUCAAAUCCCAAAAGAUGUCACAGAGGAUGAUGAAAUUAUUACCAUGCUGGAGGCUGCUGAGAGAAGGGAGAUGAGACGGCAGGAGGAAAAGCUUUUGGAAGCUGCCAGAGAGGGGGACGUGUCUACUCUGUCUAAUUUGCUCAGUACAAAAAAGCCUCCAGAUAUCCACUGCAGGGAUUCGGUCGGAAAUACACCUUUACACAAUGCAGCCUACAGAGGGCAGAAGCAGUGCAUUAUCAGGCUGCUCAAAGCUGGAGCCUGUCCUAAUACCAAGAACAAUAAUGAUCAGACAGCAUUGGAUCUGGCUUGUACUGAUGAUCUGAAACAGAUUCUAGGAGUUUAUAAAGAUAAGGAUGUGAGCGGUGGGGUGCAGAGGGUUGAAGGUCCUCUUUGGAAGAGCUCACGCUUUCUUGGAUGGCGAUCCCACUGGGUGGUAAUUGAAAAUGGAACCAUUUCCUGGUAUCCCAGACAAGCUGAUGCAUGGGCAGGUGUUAGAAAACAGGGCUGUAAAUCUCUCUCACAAGCCUUUUGCACAAUUAAACCAUGGGAUCAUUGCUUCUUCAUGCUCAGAUGUUUUGAUGACACUGUUCAUAAUUUCAAGGUCGCCUCCAAGAUGAACUCAUUAGCAAAGAGAAAAAGGUGGUUGGAUGCGUUGGAGGAACAUGCAGCUUACAGUAGUUGUCACUCCUACCAAGACCAGAACAUUUGUGAUGCCAUUGGAGAUAGUACUUUGGAAAUGGGGAACACAACAGAAGCUUUUCAGACUGCCAAGGCCUGCCAGCAGAAAUUGGAGAGUGAGGUGUCAAUAUUUCAAUCCAUGGUGAAGAAUGAGGAAAACUUUGCAUUGGCAGCACCUCUUCUUGUGAAAGCCAAAGAGACGAGUGAACUUUCCCGUGAAACUUGUGCCGCCCUUCAGCUAUGCCUUGACCUAUUGGCACAACAAGAGGAGGUUUGGUGUCUGAAGGUCGAACAGGAAGAAGAGAAGAACAAAGCUCUGACGGAAGCUCUGCAGACUCUGGCAACUGAGCACCACGAACUCAAGCGUUCCUUGAAUAGGAGCAGAUCGUCCACUCUCGGCACCCUCACUGAAGAUGACUUCUAUGAUGCUCUGUCAGAGUCUGACUCGGAGCUCUCUGUGAGCGGUUUCCUGUCUGUGGCCAGUUACGAAGAGGACGAGGGAAGAGAUACCUCCCUUCUCAAAAGCCUCCGCCAUCCUCACGCUCACAGGGGGGCUGCCGGUAUGUCAGGAGAGGAUAACCAUGGCAACCAACCAGCCCAGUGCAAUGGUGUCAAGAAGCGCAGAACGUCUCUGCCGUCUCCCAUGUUUUCCAGGAAUGAUGUGAGCGUCUGGAGUAUCCUGAAAAAAUGCAUUGGCAUGGAGUUAUCAAAGAUUGCCAUGCCUGUGGCAUUUAAUGAGCCUCUGAGUUUCCUCCAACGGCUUACAGAAUACAUGGAGCACACCUACCUCAUCCACCAGGCAAAUGCCACCACAGACUCUGUUGAGAGGAUGAAGUGUGUUGCAGCAUUUGCUGUGUCAGCUGUGGCGUCACAGUGGGAGAGAACAGGAAAGCCCUUCAACCCGCUGCUGGGGGAGACAUAUGAGCUGAUCCGGGAUGAUUUGGGCUUCAAAUGGAUGUCAGAGCAAGUAAGCCAUCACCCUCCGAUCAGUGCCUUUCAUGCCGAGGGCCUCAAUGAGGAUUUUUACUUCCAUGGUUCCAUAUAUCCCAAACUGAAGUUCUGGGGAAAGAGCAUAGAAGCUGAGCCCAAAGGAAUCAUCACACUGGAGCUUCCCAAAUAUAAUGAAGCCUACACCUGGACAAACCCCACUUGCUGUGUCCAUAACGUCAUUGUUGGUCAGCUUUGGAUUGAGCAGUAUGGAAACGUUGAAGUGAUCAAUCACAAAACUGGCGAGAGAUGCUGCAUGACGUUCAAACGAUGUGGUCUCUUUGGAAAAGAGCUUCAUAAAGUUGAAGGAUAUAUUUUGGACAAAAGCAAAAAGAAGCUCUGUGCGAUAUACGGCAAAUGGACUGAAUGCCUCUAUGUAGUUGACACCGCUGCUUUUGAUGCCCACAAGAAGACGGAUAAAAAGAAUUCAGAAGAGAAAAAGAGCAACAAAGAGCAGUCUCAAAGUAGUGUUGAUGAGGAGCCAGAAGAGAUGCCUCCCCCUCAGGCUGAGACGGUCCAGGUCAUCCCGGGCAGUGAGCUCAUCUGGAAGAUAACACCUCGACCAGAGAACUCAGCCAAGUUCUAUGCCUUCUCCACGUUCGCCAUGCAGCUAAAUGAGCUGGACAAGAGUAUGGAGGGAGUCCUUCCUCACACAGACAGUCGCCUCAGACCUGAUAUUUGUGCCAUGGAGAAAGGAGACAUAGAUGUGGCUAGUGCGGAAAAGAAGAGACUUGAGGAAAAACAGCGGGCGGCCCGUAAAAAUCGCUCCAAAUCAACAGACGACUGGAAAACAAGGUGGUUUCAACAGGGAUCGAACCCACACAACAAAGCUCAGGACUGGAUCUACUUGAAAGGUUACUGGGACAGGAAUUACACUCAGCAGCCUGAUAUCUACUAAAUGUAAAAACAUGCAGAGAUGGUACGUGGAUUUCCGUCACCACCUUUGAACUUCUGCUGCUGCACCUGGGACUGUACUUUCAGCAUAAGCAACAACACCAUGGGUUCAGUGUAGAACAACAGGUAAUGUCUGGGGUUCAAUUCAAGGUACAUAAUUAUUAAAAUACAUGUUUUUAAAAGCAGUGAAACACUGAACCAAGAAGCACUUACUGUAAUUGUUUGAUCUGUUUGAUUAAUAAAGCACAAAAUAGUCAUCCUUAUUUAUCAUGGUUCAUGACCACCUACUUGAGAUAUUAGCAUGUGUUGGUACAAGUAGAAUGUAUUUUAGUAAUAUUACAUAUUUGAUGGAGUUUUUACCAGUUUAACUGUUGGUCUGUCCAUAAUUCCUACUCAUGUCAGUGGCGUGAGGAGACGUCGUGCUCUGAGCAGCAAGGAUGGAGCUUGUGGUGUUGUCUAGACACGGCUUUCACAUGGAUAGAUACCUGUGCAUGCAUACUAUGAUGCAGUGCAGAGGUUUAAAGUAGAUGAUUUGGGUACGUUUGCCUUGUUUGCUUCUCUAGUACAGUGCAGAUAUAUUAGUGUUUGACUGACUGUGUUAGAAAUUUACCUCAUUGCUUCUUCAAAAAUGCAACUAUAAUCGAUUGUAAAUCUGUGUUUAGAAAUAUUCCAGGAAAGUGUCAGCUAAAUUAAAUCUUAAGUAAGAAACGAUGACCAAAUCUACGACAGUCUGACUUUGGGUAGAAUGACAAAUUACAAUUACACCUGUAGCUAUGAGCUGUAUAGACGUGUAUAAAGAUUAAUGGUCUAUUGUACUUUACUCCUCACUAUAGCGAUGCAGGGACACUGGUUCUUCUCUUAUAGAUAUUCUUUGUGUGUGAAGGUAUAGCUAUAGAGUAGUACAACUGGUGUUAUUCCUAUUACUAAGUGCAUAGAUGACUGCAAUCCAUCAUCAGAAAUGCAUGUGCAUAACUAUAACUAUGCAAGCCUUACCUCCUUCACGGUCAAGCACUGAACAUUUCUUUUCUUUUCUGAUAGCUGCUACAUGAAUAUGUUUUAGUUUUUCUGAUGUCUCUCUUUUGGGUAUUAAACUGAUUUCUAUUGUUGCUAAAUAAAAGCUUAAUCUUGAAUAAUGA